AGCAGAGAGAGGUAGUCGGAAGCUCACUAUGUUUCAAGCACAAUAUUUGCUUACAAGAAAACGUAAUUGUAAAAAUUUUUAAAAAACUAUGAAGUAUACGAUAUAAGAACGAUGUGAUUCGUUUUAAUUUAAUUCUUAAAUAUUUUUGGGAUUAUUAAUUAGUUAUUCGCAGUAAACAAUGAUCUGCUUAUUAAAAUGUUAUGCUAUUAAAUUAAAUUUUCUUCUACACUAUUCUUAAAAAUUUUCGUUCUAACUAUUGUAUCUUGACUCUUUUACGUAAAAAUUGAAAUGGCUAAAUACUCUCCUGCCGACCCUGCUUUUGACAAAUUCAGGAAAAGAAUUGUUGAAAUUAAAAGAAAAAAUAGGAUUCUUUGCGAAAAGUUUGGAAUAUCUGCUCUAAGUAAAACUUCUGUCGAAGAUGUGAAAGAUGUUUACACAAAACAAAAGUAUGAAGUUUUUGAUGAAAUGGAAGCUUCUGCUGUUGAAAACUGUUAUCAAAAAGCCUUAAAGUUGGCUGAAUAUUAUUUAAAUCGCAGGAAGAUGAAAAAACUGCGGAAAUUAAAUUCAAAAAUAGCUUCUCAACUAAAAGAUAAGCACUUUGACAAGUAUUCUAUAGUUUCACCUGAAAUUAAAAUUGGUGAAAAGCAGAAGUUAAAAAAUAUCCCUCUUAUUGCCCCUGAAUUGAACAACUCUAUUAAUGACUCUUUUAGUAGUAAUGGUGCUAUUAUAAGUAAUGACAAAGAAAACUGUGUAACUAUUGAAGAUGGUGAUUCAUCUUCUCUCUGUAGUAAAAGAAAAAAACAAAAAUUACUGUCAUGUCUCUCUGCUCUUGAUUCUCAUUCUGUAAAGUCAAAUGAUGAAAGUAAAUCACAAAAAGUAGUAAAACGACUAAAUAAAACUAACCUCUCAUCACCAAUUUUUUUAAAAAAAUAUGUGGAAUCUUCACAAAAUGCUUCAGAUUCUACCCCAAACAAGCAACUUAAUUUCACAACAGAUGAUUUGUUUGAGGAUGUGGUGUGUAUUUCAGAUUCAUUUCAGAGUUCUGAAAAGUUACCACAAACUACUGAAAGUUCAUGUGAUAAUUCAACACCUAUUCUAGUUUCAAGUUCUAUUCCAUUGAAAAAAAGAGAUAAUGCUAAUUCUGAUAUAGAUAUUGUUUAUCUCGAGACUGUAAAUUGUUCAGCCCAUAAAAAGAGAAAUACUCCAAUAAGAAAACAACAUAAAACAAAAGUUAUCAGUAAAAGAAAACUUGCAUGUACUAAUCAUCCAAUUAUGAAUUUAAAAAAUGUGUCUAAGAAAAAUGAUUCAGGAAGGAAUAAUAUUCAAAUUACACGCAAUCAAGACAUUAAUGGAGAACUUGAUGAAAGUAUUCAUUCUGAUCAACCAUUCACUAUUAGUAAUGGAAGUUGUGCACUAACAAGAAGUGGUAAUGUUACAACAUGUCUUAAAAAUCCUAGUUCUGAUUUUGUUAAAUCAAGUAUAACUGCAAAGUCUUAUAAAAUUGUUGAAAAUAAAGGUAUAUUAAAUGUAAAAAGGACAAAAUUUGAUUAUAAUAAAUUGAGCAAUAUCAAAAGAACUAAUGUACAGGUUAUACCAGAGCUUGAUUUAACUGAAGAAUCUGAAGCAAUUGUAGAUAAACCUGAUUUGAAAGAAAAGGCCGACGAAGUGAUUAUAACUCAAUUUGAUUUGAUAAAAGAGUCUAAUGAAAUAAUACCAGAAAUCGAUUUGUCAGGAGAAUAUAGUGAAGCAAUGAACAUUAAUUUGACAGAAGAUCUUAAUGAGGUAAUUUUACCAGAUAUUGAUUUGCCCAAACAAUCUAGUGAAGUAAUCAACAUUGAUAAGACAGAAAAGGCUGGUGAAGUGAUUAUACCUCAAUUUGAUUUGGCAAGAGAGUCUAAUGAAAAGCUACCAGAAAUUGAUUUGUUGAGCGAAUCUGGUGAAGCAAUGAACAUUGAUUUGACAGAAGAUUUUGAUGAGGUGAUUUUGCCAGAACUUGAUUUGACAGAAGAACCUGUAGAUUUUACUAUUCCUAAACUUCAUUUAACUGAAUCAAGUAAUAAUUUUAGUCCAGAUAUUGAGGAGUCACUUAAGUCUGAAGGUGUUGUAAUUCGAAGUGGAAGAUGGUCAAAAGAAGAAGAAGAUCUACUUAGGAGGAAUUUCAAAGAUUUUCAAUCUCGAUUUGGUGUUUAUGAUGCUCAGCUUUUGCUGGGAAUUGGAGGUCGGGUACCUUCUUAUAAAUAUGAAUUCCAAAACUUUAAGAAAUUUCUGAGAGUAAAGCAUUUUUAUGUUAGAUUGGGUAAAGAUAUCAAUGAAAGAACACUUCAUAGUAUAUAUAAGAAAGCUCGAGACAUGUUUAAUCAAUUUAAAAAAAUGAAAGAUUGCACAUCUAGUGAUGUUGCUGCCGUUAUUCUGUUGCAAAAGAAAUAUGGAAGUAACUGGAGUUUAAUUGGACAAAAACUAAAAAUAGAUGGCAGGGUUUGUUAUAAAAUCUAUAUGCGUAAUAAAAAGCCUUACUUAAAAGGUAAAUGGUCAAAAAGUGAGGUCAUGAAACUAAUUUCAGCAAUAAAAUCUGUAGAAAAUGUUUCUGAUUUGUCUACUGUAAACUUAAAGAGAAUUUCUUGGGAUAAAGUUUCUGAACUUGUUCCAACACGAAAUGCUAAUCAAUGCUGUUCAGAAUGGAUAUAUAAUCAAAGUAAAAAUUACAAACGCAUUUUUUAUCAAAAAUGGAAUAAAUCCCAUGCAGCCAAAUUAAUAAUUCUUCUUAAAAACAAAUUUAAAUAUUUUAAAGAAUAUCUUAUUAAUUGGACAGAAGUUUAUAAGUAUUUUAAAAAUGUAGUUCACUCUGUAAAUGCUUUAAAACAUAAGUGGCAUGGUAUGAAAUUCAAAGUACCAGAUGAAUAUAAGAUGAAUUUUUCUAAGACUCUGGACUUUUGUUUUAAAAAGUAUAAUAAGUAUAUUAUAGCAAUUAAUCAAGAGAAUUUUUAAAGCUUUUUUAUUGGUCGAUUUUUAUUUCCAUAAAUAUAUAGUAUUCAAUAAAUAAGAUAGUAUUCAAUAAAUAUAACCAUUUUGAACUAUCACUGUAUAAAUAUCUUAAUAAUCAUGCAUAAUUAUAUUAAUUUCUCUAUCUCACACUUUUUUUUUUUAUUAUUCAUAGCUUAUUAUCUCACUUUUUAAGUUCUUAAAAAGAAAAUGGAAAUCUUUAAUUGUUUAAUAUGGUUUGGAUUAUUAUUGAAAGUACUUAGUAGAUUUUUGCAUCUGGGUUACAGAGGGGCAGAAUAUGCUUGAUGGCACAAAUAAGAUUCAUGUGAAAUUCAGAGUCAGACCUAGGGAAAUUUUUAAUCACAUUAAUAAGAAAUUGAAACAAAAUAGGUUAUUGUAAAAAUAUGCAAAAAAAAAAAAANAAAAAAAAAAAAAAAAAAAAAAAAAAAAAAAAAAGUAGAAUAGAAAAUUAUUUGUGCAGAAAAACCCUUACGAAAAAAAAGAAAUGUGGACUGGAUUGAUAGACAAAAGUGUAAUAAUAUUUUCUGUUAUGUUAAAAGAAGAGAAAUGUGGACUGGAUUGAUAGACAAAAGUGUAAUAAUAUUUUCUGUUAUGUUAAAA